AUGUGUGAUAGUUGUGGGCGUAGUAAUGUUGUGAUCUGCAGGAAUAGCUGCUAUCACCGGGGGUUGUUUAAUGGAAUACUUCUCCAUUAGUUCUUGGCGCUUUCGAUGCGCACAGACGCAGAUUAUGCAAGUAAGGAGAACUCCUACCGCUACCACAAGGGAGCAGGCUAAUGGUACUAGCAACGGAUUGGUGGGAAUCUCAUCAUCUUUAACCAGAACGGUCUCCACAUUAAUUUCGGAAAUUCCGUGAAGAAUAGAGUUCCAGUAAAUGUCCUGGGACUCAGCUCCCAUCAUAAGAGCCAGUGAAGGUGGAUUCUGGGUAUCCGUUGUGACAUUCGCGGAGGCAUUCUCUCGAAUAGCUGUCGCAAUGUUGUGCGCAAAGCGCUGCACGAAAACAAACUCUUUACCAUCUUCAGCUGUCCGAAUUCGUUCAUCAGUGGACGUUAAGGUGAUCUCAAUAAAGGCCAAAUCAGACCCAAAUUCAGGUUGAAUUCCGGCCAGUCCACAACUCAUUCCCAGCAAUCCUCCUUCACUACUUCCAGUUCUGGCAUAUUCCACUGCAGGAAGGGCCUUAACCGAGUUACAGAAGUCUUCAACGGUGACACCAUAAGGGAGUUGAGAACGUGACAAUACAACCGCUAAUCUAGCGCACUGAUUGGUUAGCCUGGCUGAUCCCGGUCGACAACUAGACAAAGCUGGUGGAAGGCCAAGAGGUAUCAUUGGUGAAAAAUUGAAGUCUGUGAAUGAUGCGUUGACGCAUUGGGCACGAGCGUAACAUGGUGGUGUUAG